AUGGUUGAGUAUUGGGAGACUGAAGAAGCACAACAAAGGAGUCUCACCUACUCUAAAGCUCGUAUGUCUGAUCGUGGUGGUCUUGGUCCUCACGUCCACUUAUCAGGGCCAAAGUCUUAUCAACAAAUCCAUACCGAAAUGGAAAGGAAAUUGGGAAGACCGGUGAGUCUUGGUGAGGUUUUUAUUACGACACAUACCAAGCCAGAUAGUACUUAUGUUGAUCGGAAGACGGAGCAAAUCUCUCUCAAUUAUGAGAAGAACUUGCAGCAGAAGUUGUCCGACCUUCGGGAACAUACUUCACAGCCUCCAGAGCUCACAGCAGAUGAUUACACAAGCAUCUUUAUUCAGUCUACUCAGAAAGAUUCACGAGGAAACCUAUAUGGAGUUGGAAGUCUUAAGCAUACUCUUCAACCUCUUCUCAAUGGCAAGGAAAACCAAUGA